AUGUUCAACCGCGCGGUGAGCCGGCUGAGCAGGAAGCGGCCGCCGUCAGACAUCCACGACGGUGAUGGGAGUUCCAGCAGCAGCCAUCAGAACCCCAAGAGCACAGCCAAGUGGGCAGCCUCUCUGGAGAAUCUGCUCGAAGACCCGGAAGGCGUGAAAAGAUUUCGGGAGUUUUUAAAAAAGGAAUUCAGUGAAGAAAAUGUUUUAUUUUGGUUAGCCUGCGAAGAUUUUAAGAAAACACAAGAUAAGAAGCAGAUGCAGGAAAAGGCCAAGGAGAUCUACUCGACCUUCCUGUCCAGCAAGGCCUCGUCGCAAGUCAACGUGGAGGGGCAGUCCCGGCUCAACGAGAAGAUCCUGGAGGAGCCGCACCCCCUCAUGUUCCAGAAGCUCCAGGACCAGAUCUUCAACCUCAUGAAGUACGACAGCUACAGCCGCUUCCUCAAGUCCGACCUGUUCCUGAAGCACCAGCGGACGGAGGAGGAGGAGGAGGAGCCGCCCGACAGCCAGACGGCAGCCAAGCGCGCGUCGAGAACGUACAACACCUGA